CCGCCCGCCCCGCGGGUUCCGAGUGCGGCUUUUGGGUGCAGGUGGGAGCUGAGCGCGGCCGGUGUCUGCGCUGGCUGCCGCGCCCCAGUGGGCGCGUGGGAGGUCCAGCCAUGCUUUUCUGGCACACGCAGCCCGAGCACUACAACCAACACAACUCCAGCAGCUACCUGCGUGAUGUGCUCGCUCUGCCCAUCUUCAAGCAGGAGGAGCCCCAGCUGUCCCCUGAGAAUGAGGCCCGCCUGCCACCCCUGCAGUAUGUGUUGUGUGCUGCCACGUCCCCAGCCGUGAAGCUGCAUGAAGAGACGCUGACCUACCUCAACCAAGGUCAGUCUUAUGAAAUCCGACUGCUGGAGAAUCGGAAGCUGGGAGACUUUCAAGAUCUGAACACCAAAUAUGUCAAGAGCAUCAUCCGCGUGGUCUUCCAUGACCGCAGGCUGCAGUACACGGAGCACCAGCAGCUGGAGGGCUGGCGGUGGAGCCGGCCUGGGGACCGGAUCCUGGACAUUGAUAUUCCACUGUCUGUUGGUAUCUUGGACCCCAGGGCCAGCCCGACCCAGCUGAAUGCCAUCGAGUUUUUGUGGGACCCUGCGAAGAGAGCUUCGGCAUUCAUUCAGGUGCACUGCAUAAGCACAGAAUUCACCCCCAGAAAGCACGGGGGCGAAAAGGGAGUGCCCUUUCGAGUGCAGAUUGACACGUUUAAGCAGAAUGAGAAUGGGGAGUACACCGAGCACCUGCACUCAGCCAGCUGCCAGAUCAAGGUGUUCAAGCCGAAGGGAGCCGAUCGGAAACAGAAGACUGACCGGGAGAAAAUGGAGAAAAGAACUGCCCAGGAGAAGGAGAAAUACCAGCCAUCCUAUGAAACCACCAUCCUCACAGAGUGCUCUCCGUGGCCCGAUGUGGCCUACCAGGUGAACAGCGCCCCGUCCCCAAGCUACAAUGGCUCUCCAAGCAGCUUUGGCCUUGGCGAAGGCAACACCUCUCCGACCCACCCAGUGGAGGCCCUGCCCGUGGGCAGUGAUCACCUGCUCCCAUCAGCCUCCAUCCAGGAUGCCCAGCAGUGGCUCCACCGUAACAGGUUCUCGCAGUUCUGCCGACUUUUUGCGAGCUUCUCAGGUGCUGACUUGCUGAAGAUGUCCCGUGAUGAUUUGGUCCAGAUCUGUGGUCCUGCAGAUGGGAUCCGACUCUUCAAUGCCAUCAAAGGCCGGAAUGUGAGGCCAAAGAUGACCAUUUAUGUCUGUCAGGAGCUGGAGCAGAACCGAGUGCCCCUGCAGCAGAAGCGGGAGGGCAGUGGAGACAGCAGCCUGUGUGUGUACCAUGCCAUCUUCCUGGAAGAGCUGACCACCUUGGAGCUGAUUGAGAAGAUCGCCAGCCUGUACAGCAUCUCCCCCCAGCACAUCCACCGAGUCUACCGGCAGGGCCCCACCGGCAUCCAUGUGGUGGUGAGCAACGAGAUGGUACAGAAUUUCCAAGAUGAAUCCUGUUUUGUACUCAGCACAAUUAAAGCCGAGAGCAAUGAUGGCUACCACAUCAUCCUGAAAUGUGGACUCUGAGCAGCACUGGGCCAUGUACCUGCCUCUAGCUCCCAGCCGCAUGGAUCCCUGUGGAUGUAGAAAUUGCCCCACUGUAAGCUGUGGCCUCGCCAGGCAAGCUGAGGCCAGGAGGGACCCUGCCCAGUCUGUGAAAGCUACGUAGCACCAACCAGCAGAAGCCCGUGGACACCAAGUACCAUGUGCAGAAAGCCAGUGGCUCCUCUCUCCCUUCCUCUUGGCCUCCAGAGUUGGAAUGGUUCCUUGUUCUUUUCUGUUGGUCCAACCCUAACGUUGUAAAAGGGAAAAAAGUAGAAACGUCUGCUCUGAAACCCCUUGACCCUUAGUUGGAAGCUUCUUGGGUGUUUUGGUGCCGCCUCUCUCGGUCCCUUCUGAGCACUCUCCUGCCUCGGAGAAAGCUCGGCUUCACCCUGGAAGCUGGUACCCUUACCUCCUCCUCUGGGAAUUGGCUGCAUGGCCAGCACUGCUGACUUGAUGGGAGCAGUUUGCGCUCCUGCCCCUGUCUUCACGUUCGCUUCCCUUCUCGGUGACCCUGGCGAGCUUCCGUCUUUCCUGUUCUUGGAUGAAUUGACGGGAGUGGGGCUGUUGUGUGCCUUCUACCUCUUUCUUCUCUACCUUGUUUCUAAGGAUCUGCUGCUGUGGAACCCAAAGAUGAGCUCCUAUCUCUGCAUCGGCGCUUUGGCGCGGUGGAUGCCACAAUGCACAUGUGCAUCUUUUCUCUGUUUUGUAUUUUUCUUUCCCCCACCGGAUCGCUGUUUAACAGCCUUUCUCGAAGAUGUUAGUUCUGAGGCCCUUUGUGGGGAGAUGGGGGGCGGUAAUAGAAAAGACUUGUAUUUCCUGGGCAAUCGUGGGUAAGGAGGAUUAGGAAGGAGCAUUCCAUUGUUAUCAUCAGCUGACCUUGACCACCACAAUACCAGGCCCUGUUGGAUGGACUUACAGAAAGUUAGAGAAAACGUUGGUGACCCACUGCUAAAUCUGCCACAGGAGCAUUGUAUUUUCUCUGGGCGCCCCUCACGUCAAUGUUUCUCUUGGUUUGUUUGUAAGGGGUAUGUUUAGGGUGUUUUGCCUGCAUCAGAAUGGGUGUGUCAUCGUUCCUAAUGGCCUAACUGCGGGGAAAUGUGAGUGUCAGUAACUGUGGUAGGUGCAGAAAUACGUCUGUCUUGCCUCUGGUUCCUGGGAUCCAGUUGUCUCUACUGGCUAGGGCUUCAGCUCUUUGUUAAUUUAGUUUCAUGGAGAACGCCAUGACCACCUGAAUGGGAUAUCAUAGCUUCUGAAUGGAGCUUCUGUGGAAUGAAGUGCUAGCCUGAAGGAUUAUCAGAAUAAAACAAGGUCUACAAUGGGUAGAGCUUGUUUUAUAGAUGAGGAAACCGAGGCUCAAAGGGGCAGAGUCACCUGCAUGGUAGCACAUAGUGAUAGGGUAGUGAUAUAAAUUUAUCAUAUAAACUAGGAUAUUUCAGCCCUAGGGGCCUUGUUAGUCAUUAUCUUGGGUAAUAGCCAUGGCAUUCCUACAGAACAGAGUGAAGACAGGCUCCCGAUUCCUCCUCCUUUUUUAGAGGGGAAGCGGGGAGUGGGUUAACUAAUAGCUUUAGGCUGACUUCAUUUUUGGACUCAGCCCACCCACACCCGGGUGAAUUAAAAAAAAAAAACUGACAGCUUUAUGAAGACGUAAUUCACAUGUCAUGCAGUUUACCCAUUUCUAGUGUCCAAUUCUGUCGUUUUUAGUAAAUUCACAGACCCACAAUCAGUUCACAGAAUUACAGUCAAUGUUGGAACAUUUUCGUCACCCCCAGUAGAAACCCCGUACCAUUUGUCACUCCCCUGCUUUCCCGACUCUUGCAGUCCAGGGCGGCCGUGAAUCUACUCUCUGUGUAAGAUUGACCUACUCUGGACAUUUCAUAUGUCUGGAAUCAUGUGAUACGGUCUUUGGUGACUGGCUUCUUCCACUGAAAUGUUUUCUAAGGCCAUCCAAGUUCAGCAUGGAUCAGUACUUCAUUACUUUUUCUUUUCUUUUUUUUUUUUUAAAUUGCACUUUAGGUUCUGGGGCACAUGUGCAGAACAUGCAGGAUUGUUGCAUAGGUACACACAUGGCAAUGUGGUUUGCUGCCUCCAUGCCCCCGUCACCUACGUCUGGCAUUUCUCCCCAUGUUAUCCCUCCCCAACCUCCCCACUACCACACUGUCUCUCCUUUGGUCCCCACCCACAGACCCCAGUGUAUGAUGCUCCCCUCCCUGUGACAAUGUGUUCUCAUUGUCCAAUACCCGCCUAUGAAUGAGAACAUGCAGUGUUUGAUUUUCUGUUCUUGUGUCAGUUUGCUGAGAAUGAUGGUUUCUAGAUUCAUCCAUGUCCCUACAAAGGACAUGAACUCAUCAUUUUUUAUGGCUGCAUAGUAUUCCAUUUUAUAUAUGUGCCGUAUGUUCUUUGUCCAGUCUAUCAUCGAUGGGUAUUUGGGUUGGUUCCAGGUCUUUGCUAUUGUAAACAGUGCCGCUAUGAACAUACAUGUGCAUGUGUCUUUAUAAUAGAACAAUUUAUAAUCCUUUGGAUAUAUACCCAGUAAUGGGAUUGUUGGGUCAAAUGGAAUUUCUGUUUCUAGGUCCUUGGGGAAUCACCACACUGUCUUCCACAUGGUUGAACUAAUUUACACUCCCACCAACAGUGUAAAAGUGUUCCUAUUUCUCCACAUCCUUUCCAGCAUCUGUUGUCUCCAGAUUUUUUAAUGAUCGCCAUUCUAACUGGCGUGAGAUGGUAUCUCAAUGUGGUUUUGAUUUGCAUUUCUCUAAUAUUCAGUGAUGAUGAGCAUUUUUUCAUAUGUUUGUUGGCCUCAUAUAUGUCUUCUUUUGAAAAGUGUCUGUUCAUGUCCUUCACUCACUUUUGAAUGGGUUUGUUUGUUUUUUUCUUGUAAAUCUGUUUUAGUUCUUUGUAUAUUCUGGAUAUUAGCACUUUGUCAGAUGGGUAAAUUGCAAAAAUUUUUUCCCAUUCUGUUGGUUGCCAGUUCACUCUAAAUGAUUGUUUCUUUUGUUGUGCAGAAGUUCUGGAGUUUAAUUAGGUCACAUUUGUCUAUUCUGGCUUUUGUUGCCAAUGCUUUUGGUGUUUUGGUCAUGAAAUCCUUGCCUACUCCUAUGUCCUGAAUGGUUUUGCCUAGGCUUUCUUCUAGGGUUUUUAUGGUAUUAGGUCUUAUGUUUAAGUCUUUAAUUCAUCUGGAGUUAAUUUUAGUGUAAGGUGUCAGGAAGAGGUCCAGUUUCUGCUUUCUGCACACUGCUAGCCAGUCUUCCCAAUACCAUUUGUUAAACAGGGAAUCCUUUCCCCAUUGCUGGUUUUUGUCAGGUUUGUCAAAGAUCAGAUGGUUGUAGAUGUGUGGCAUUGCCUCUGAGGCCUCUGUUCUGUUCCAUUGGUCUAUAUCUCUGUUUUGGUACCAGUACCAUGCUGUUUUGAUUACUGUAGCCUUGUAGUAUAGUUUGAAACCAGGUAGCAUGAUUCCUCUUGGCUUUGUUCUUUUUGCUUAGGAUUGUCUUGGCUAUGCGGGUUCUCUUUUGGUUUCAUAUGAAGUUUAAGGUGGUUACUUCAUUCCUUUUUAUUGCUGAAUAAUAUUUUUUUCUUUUUUUUCUGCUGAAUAAUAUUAAAUUGUAUAGAUAGACCACAUUGUUUAUUGAUUCAUCCAUUGAUGGACAUUUGUGUGUUUUUACUUUUUGGCUACUCUUAAUGAUGCUGCUAUGAACAUAUUUGUACAAGAGCGUGUGUGGACAUAUGUUAUCAUUUCUUUGGGAAUAUACACAGGAGUGGAAUUGCUAGGUCAUACAGUAACUCCAUGUUUAGCUUUUUGAGGAACUUCCAGAUGGUUUUCUACAGCAACUGAACCAUUUUACAUUCCCACCAGCAAUGUAUUCAGGUUUCAGCUUCUCAACAUCCUUGUCAACACUUGCUAUUAUCUGUCUUUUUGAUUAUAGCAUCUUAAUGAGUGUGAGGUGCUAUCUUGUUGAGGUUUUGAUUUGCAUUUCCCUGACGGCUGCUGAUGUUGAGCAUCUUUACCUGUGCUUAUGGGCCAUGUGUAUAUCUUUGGAGAAAGGUCUGGCCAGAUCCUUUGCCUAGUUUUAAUUGGGUUGUCUUUUUUUUUUUAAGUUUUCUGUUUUCCUAACCACCAGACUACCAGGGAUGAGCUUUCUUUUUAUUGAGUUGUGUGAGCUAUUUGUAUAUUGUAGAGGCCAAUCUUUUAUUAGGUAUGUGAUUGGUAAAAUUGUUCUCCCAUUCUGUGGAUUGUUUUCACUUUCUUGGUAGUGUCCUUUGAAACACAAAACUUUUUUUUUUUUUUGAGACGGAGUUUCGCUCUUCUUGUUACCCAGACUGGAGUGCAAUGGCAUGAUCUUGGCUCACCGCAACCUCCACCUCCUGGGUUAAAGCAAUUCUCUUGCCUCAGCCUCCCGAGUAGCUGGGACUACAGGUGCGCACCACCAUGCCCAGCUAAUUUUUGUAUUUUUAGUAGAGACAGGGUUUCACCUUGUUGACCAGGAUGGUCUCGAUCUCUUGACUUCGUGAUCCACCCACCUCGGCCUCCCAAAGUGCUGGGAUUAUAGGCGUGAGCCACCGCGCCCGGCCCACAAAACUUUUUAAUAUAUUUUUUCUUUUUUCUUUAUCCACCAUCUGAAUUCCAAAACUUUUAAAUUUUGUUGUCUAAGAUACUUAUUUUUUUCUUUUGUCACUUGUGCUUUUGAUGCCAUAUCUAGAAAACCAUUGCCCAAUCCAAGGUCAAGAAGAUGAAUGCCUGUGUUUUCUUCUAAGAACUUUUAUAGUUUUAGUUCUCACAAUGGUCUUUGAUCCAUUUUGAGUGUAUUUUUAUACAUGAUGUGAAGCAGGGGUCCAGCUUCAUUCUCUUGCUUGUGGAUACCCAGUUGUCUCACUGCUUUAUUGAAAAGAAUAUCCUUUUUCCACGGAUUUGUCCUGGCACCCUAGCCAAAGGCCCCUGGUUCUUACUGCAUCUUGUUUCCUGGGACGUGGUGUUGUCAUUGGGAAGCUUACCGUUUUUUUCACUCAGUCCAUGUUUGGCUCCACCAUUUUUACAGCUGCCUUUCUAUUCUGUUCUUGCUGUCUCCCUCUUUACCUGACUCAGUGGUGCUAGGUCAUGUCACUCUUUGAUGCCCCACAAACUUUCUUGGUGCCUGUUCCAGCUCCACACGCUAGUUCUUGGGGGAAGGUCGAGACCGGUGAAUUCCUUUUAUGAGUCAUGAGGAAACUGAGCCAUCUAGAAGUGGAAUAAUGUGCUCAGGGUCACACAGCCCAUUAGUGGAAGGACCAGGACUAGACCUUUGGUCUUCUGAGGCCUAGCCCCUCAGGCUGUCUGUCUUCACUGUACCCAAGUGAUGUCACUACCAAGACCAAAUGAUGGUGGGUUAAAUUUUAAUUCUUAAAAGUAUAGGAGGCUAAUAUUUUACUUCUUAAUUCCAAAAGAGGAUCUAAUAAAAGUCUGUUGCCUUGUGUGCUAUUAGUAGAGGCUUCCAUUUUUCUGGCCUGCCCCCUGGCAUCUUCUCUCCUUACUUUCUCAUGAUUAUAGUUAAAGCUUAUAGCUUAUGAAAGAAUAGAAAAUAACGAAUACCAAACAAAAGUACACGUGGUUAUUUGGUACCAAAAUGUCUCAGGUGCCUGAUUCAGCAGCUCCUCCCUUCCACAGGGGUCAGAUGAGCUAAGGCUCCAGGUUUUAUUUUUCAUUUGAUUGACAUACAAAAAAGCCAUAGGCCUUCCCAACCUGUCCAGGGUCUUUCCUGUGAGCUCGGAGUCCAGAGGUCCUGGACUGUUGAGCAGGACAGCCCUUCCCAGGGCACUUCACCAACCUGUGGCUUCUGAACUGCAGCAGUUUUUUGUUGAUUUUUUUUCUUUUUCCUUUCUUGACGUACCCAAAAAUAAUGCUUUAUCAUGCAGCAGCUUUUUUAAAGUGAACCCCAGAGGGAAAUAAGACAGACACCUGUGCUCAGGCCGCCAUCUUGAACGGGAAGCCCAAAGCUGAGUUUUAACUCUUAGGUCAUCACAGUUUUUGCUGGGUAUCUGUUUGCAAGGUUGAGAUAAACCCUUUCCUGUUACCAGGUUGUCCCUUCACAAUGAAGGGGCAGAGGCUGUUGAAUGGGGGAAUAAUAGGAUUUGCUGGGAAAGGGGCAUGGUAUGCCUGUGGAAAGGACAGGAUGGGGUGGGGAGGUGAAGGCUUUGCCUUGGGGUCCUAAGCAAAGGUCAGGUGUUGUCGUAGUGACCUCUUGGCUAGGCAGCCAGGAUCCCCUUACACAGAGCUAUUAACCUAGAGAGGCUUUACCAGCCGCGGAUGGGAGCCAGCCAGGGCCACAAGUUUCCAAGUCCAGCGUUGCUUCAGGGGCUGAAGAUCUGAAAAUCAUUAACAAGCAAUGAAAUAAAUGGAAAAGCCUCUUAGGCUGUUGUCAGUGGAGCAGAGGGAGAAAGCCCCUAGGUGCUCAGAGGGGGUGGGAAACAGAGGAUGAUGGGCUGAGGUGGGGGAUUAGAUGUUGGCACUGCCUAGGGUUCAGGAGGAGGGACAGGGGACCAAGAAUCGGGGUCCUAGAUCCCAUACACUCACUCAGCAUGAGUCUCUUUGCCUCUCUGCGUCUCUGUCUCCUACUUUUACAAGUACAGGCCUGGCGAUCUCUGCAGACGGCACCGACCUGUCAUGAAAUGAAUCUGCGAGGCGCCAGGGCUCUCCCAUUUUUCCCUCCAUUAAAAUUGUACAAAAAGCUGGGAAUCGUGGCUCACUCCUCUCAUCCUAGCAUUUUUGGAGGCUGAGGUGGAGAAUCGCCUGACGCCACGAGUUCGAGACCAGCCAGGGCAAUAUAGCGAGACUCCAUUUUUUAAAAAGAAAAAAUCUUUAAAAAUUGCACAACAGGCAGGAGACCUUUCUGUGUGCCCGUCCUGGUGGUAGCCAGUGCCCGCAGUGCUCCUGCAGUGCACGGUGGCGUGCUUCUUGACAAGGGUCAGAUUAUCUCUGUCAUGUCCUUGGGAAUCAGCCCUAGUCCCUAACUGGACUGACUACUCCCUCAGCAAACUUACAGGGGCCCCCAGAUGUUCCUUGCCAGCUGGGGACCAGACACAGUCCACAGGCAUGGUCUGUGUCGUCGGUGCACAUGUGUGUGUUCGGUGUGUACCUGGCUUCCUUCCCUUGCUCUUGAAUUUGCCUGAGCACAGCCAGAGGCAGCUUCAGCUUGGCAGGGUGUAGAGAUGGCUGCUGUUCCCUUAGCAUUUGGGGGAAACAGCCUUUCCCGGUAGCCUGAUGAUUCCCUUUUGAUUUUGUGUGACCUCCUGGAGAGUGGAUGAAGUUGGUGGCCUUAGCUCUAGUGUAAGUGGCAGGCACUGGGCGAGGCCCCCAAGAGCAGGGCAAGCCCCUAGAGUGGGUCUUCCACAUGACUGGCUUCACACAGGCAUCUCCCCUCAGGCUGCCUGCUCUGUGUCAUGCUACCAGUCCAGGGCUGCAAGUAGGAAAUGUGUGUACCCGCUUCUGAUUGCCACCUCCUUCCCGUUGCCCCUUGGGGACAGGGUUUGAGGGCCACUGUGGUGCUGGUCAGGCACCCCAGGCCUCCUUCCUGGGACCUGCUCAGGGACACCCUGAGAGCUCCUGAAACCCCCACUUAGCUUCCAGGCCUUUCUGCAAAAGCUCCUCCUGGCUUUCCUCCCUUCCCCAAUCUCCAUGGGUCACAGCUAACAGAUCUGAGGGCAGCUGCUGUGCUGGUGGCCCAGGGCUGCACCUGCCAUCCCCAGCGCUGCCGGUUUAGUGCCUUCUAGAGGCAGUGUCCCUAGGCGGUAGCUGUGAGGCAUGGGUGUUCUGCUCUGGGCUGGGCAGCCAAUGGGAGGAGGUGAGGAGGUGUAGUCACUGCCUGGGCCCGGGCUGGCCAGCCCUGCAAUUGGGCAGCCAAACCACGUCCCUUAGCAAAGGGCCAGAGUGGGACCCUGUCCCAUGCCCUUCGUCCUGAGGAGCCCUGGGGUGGGCAGCAGGGGCAGGGAAAGUUUUCAGGCCUUCAUCAGAGAGAAAGAUGUCAUUAGCUCCACACCCCUCAUCCUGUGUCAGUACUUGUUAGCGUGUGACUGCCCUGGUCAGCCGGCACACUAUUGGUCCACCUGGCCCACUGCCUGGUUUUGCCAUCCAUUUAUGAUCAGAAAUGUUAUCUUUGAAACCAAUUAAGUGUUUUCUUCCCCAUCAAAAAAUAUUUCUCCUUAUUAGUAGACAUGUAUUUACCAAAAUACAUACUCAAUUAUUGUAUUUUGGAUUUUAUCAACUUAAAAAUUGUAGAAAUGUGUUUGCUCUUAUGCCAACAUAAUAUUGAUUUUGUGUCUUGGCUCUGAAAGCCCAAAACAUUUACCAUCUAGCCCUUUACAGAAAAAGUCUGUCGACUGCUGAGCCAGACCUCCAUCAUCUCUAUCCCCGCUGGAUUAGUUAAAGAAAGUCUCAGACAAUAAGGGCUUUGUAAAAAUAAUAAAAUGACUUGAUUUGAGCUUGGAAGCAGAGGAAGCAUUCAGAUGAGCAGUUUCUGUAUCAACCCUGCCUGUCGCAUGUCUCAUGUCCUGCGUGGCCAGGGAGCCCUUCUUGGAAGUUUCUGAUCCUCCAGCCGGCUCCUGCAGAAUCUGCCCUGCCACACGGUGGGAAUGUAGAGCCCUUUGCUUCCUUCUUUGCUGCCUGCUUCCUGUUCCUGGAGACCUGUCAGGCCUCUGGACUGCAUCCCCUGGCCAGGCCCCUAAGGGUUGAUAUGUGGGGAAGGCCUUUGAGCAGUGGGGGGUGGCAGUGGCCUCCUGACGGGCUCACACUCCUGUCCUGGGAGGGGCAGCCUGAUCUCACCUCCACCUAGUGCGUUGGUAACUGAGGACUUCUUGGCUUCUCUGGAGCCUGCAAACCUUCCCCCAUGUGUCCAGCUGAUCUUCCUACUACAAAGGGGACCGCUCACAGUAGCCUCAGCUUGGUGGUUUUGCAGGACAGCCAUCUAGGCCUGAGAUUUCUGCGUCUGGUGGAUGAAUAGCCUCAAAUGGAAGGAGUCCCACGGUAUGGGUCCGAGGUCCAGCUGUGGCCACCCAGCCAUCUGUGGCUUGCCCAGCCUCUGCAUCCCUGAUGUCUUCACUCCAGGGGCAGCCAGCAGCCCCUGGAAUCCCUUUCUCUGUAGUAACAGCAGCGAUAGCAGCUGGGGCUGACUGGCCUCUGCUAGUGGCCAGGCUUUGUGUUCUGUGCAUUUGUUCAGCUUCUCACUUGAUCCUCCCUAAGGCGAUGGGGAGGCCCCGAUAGCCCAGUUUUCCGGGUGAGGAAGUCAACAGGGAGGGUAGAUGGUGCCCAGGGUCCCACAGCUACUGAUGCCCUGAGCCAGGCUGAGCUUCCUGAAGUUCAGCCCGGAUCCCACAUUCAGACCUCUUGCUCUCAGAUAUGUGGGAUGAGCUCCUUUGUCCCAGUGCCGGCUCUGUCCUGAGGCCUCAUUGCUGGUCUGAGUGUGCUCUGCUGGGAAAAGCUUUGUGGGAGUUGCUUGGUUAACCACAGAAGAGAAAGGGCAUGUUUGGGGUGUUCCCCACAGCCCCCCUGUGCUGGUGGAAGCCUGGUUACUGUGUUUUCUAAUGUUCGUGUAUUUAAAGUGAUUUCUUUCUAAAGAUGUAACCUCCGCACCUUUCUCCUGAUUGGGUGACUCUUUUCUAAAGGUGGUGGGAGUAUCUGUCGGGGUGGUGUGGCCCUUGGGUGGGUCAGGUGGGUGUGAGGGGUCCUGGGGAGGUGGGCGUCCAGCUCAGAGUUGUCCUGCUGCCGUGUUUUUGUACCUGAAAUAAAGCAUAUUUUGCACUUGUUACUGUACCAUUGUGCAGACGAGAAGUCUGUAUGUGGGAUCUGUGCUUGGGUCAGAAUGCAAAUAAAACUCACAUUUGUAAGAAA